AUGGUGGCUGACAAGAGCAAGAAGGCGAAGACUGAUGAAGAAAACGUCGAGCAAAUCGAUGGAGAGCUUCUCCUUUCUAUUGAAAAGCUUCAAGCCAUUCAAGACGACCUCGAGAAGAUAAACGAGAAGGCUAGUGAUGAAGUGUUGGAAGUGGAGCAGAAGUACAACGGUGUAAGGAAGCCUGUCUAUGACAAGCGUGGCGACAUCAUCAAAUCCAUCCCUGAUUUCUGGCUAACCGCUUUCUUGAGUCACCCUGCUCUUGGUGAGCUUUUGACUGAAGAAGACCAAAAGAUUUUCAAAUAUCUUAGCUCUCUGGAUGUUGAGGAUGCAAAAGAUGUGAAAUCUGGAUACUCUAUCACUUUUAACUUCAACCCCAACCCUUAUUUUGAGGAUGGAAAACUAACUAAGACCUUUACCUUCCUCGAAGAAGGGACAACCAAGAUCACAGCCACACCUAUUAAGUGGAAAGAGGGCAAGGGCUUAGCAAAUGGAGUGGAUCAUGAGAAGAAUGGAAACAAACGUGCAUUACCUGAAGAGAGUUUCUUUUCCUGGUUUAGCGAUGCUCAACACAAGGAAGAAGACGUUGAAGUAGAGAUUCACGACGAGGUUGCGGAUAUCAUCAAGGAAGAUUUAUGGGCCAACCCUCUCACCUACUUCAACAAUGAGGCUGAUGAAGAGGAUUUUGAUGAUGAAGAUGACGAGGGGGAAGAAGGUGAUUCUGAUGAAGAUGAUGACGCUGAAGGCGAAGAUGGUGAGGAAUGA